AUGUCAAGUACACCAUCAACUAGUGAAUCAUUAUCAGUGCCUGUUUUGCCAUGGCUAAACCAUAGCAGUAGGAAUUCUAGUUUUCGUUCCAAUGGUUCCGAUAUUCAUAUCAUGAAACGACAUGUGCCCGAAGGUGGUCCAAGCAUACCUGUCAAAAAAUGGCAUCGAUGGACAUCGUAUAAAAUAUGGCUUUUAUUGAUGAAUUCAGUUAUGUUUGCUUAUGGUCUUGUCAUACUCAUACUUGGCUUGUGCACCUAUCUUAGGCUCUAUCAGCGUGCCAUUGUGAUGCUUAUAGGAGAAAGAAUGCUAGUCAAUUGCGUCUUUUGUUUAGUAACUUCUAUACUUGGAUUUAUAGGCAUUGUUCUGAACAAUCGACCUAUACUCGCUGUUUAUAAUCUUAUGAUGUGGCCAUGUUUUGGCAUGAUUGCAGCUGUUGGCUAUACUGCCUACCGCAAAAACAAAUGGAACAUUGAAGGCAAACUCUCUUAUCAGUGGCAUUAUGCAUUAAACGCCGAAGAUCGCGCUCAGAUCCAAGCAAACUUACAUUGUUGUGGGUACAAAUCAUUCUCAGAUUACCAUGAAACAUCCAACAAGUGUUACCCUCGAACACUUUUACCAGGCUGUAGAUAUAAAUAUCAAUCCUUGACAACCUACGGCUUGACAAUCACUUGGAUUGUGGCAUUCAGUAUGGUCCCAGUUCAUCUGAGUGUCUUGUUAUCUGGUUUAUUAUGCUCAAAUCAUGUGAAUAACAAAUUUGGUAAAGGAUUACCGCCCAAGUUAUACCAUGCAGACUACCGAGGUAUCGUAGCUGCCAGUGGGCUUCCUUCAAAUAAGGGACGAGAUUUUAUUUCUUAG